CCUGUCAUUCUCCAGGAAUUUCAUUCUAUAUUGCAGGAUGAUAAAUCCAAGAUUAUAAAGCUAUGAUAGUCCUUUAUAAUAGCAGCUUUCAAAAGGCCACUUUCUUCCUGACCGGCUUUCAAGGUUUGGAAGAUCUCAAUGGCUGGAUCUCCAUUCCCUUCUGCUCCAUCUACUUGACAGUUAUCUUGGGGAACCUUACCAUUCUCCACGUCAUCCAUACUGAUGCCACCCUCCACGAACCCAUGUACUAUUUCCUGGCCAUGCUGGCCCUCACGGACUUGGGACUUUGCCUUUCCACGCUGCCCACUGUGCUGGGCGUCUUCUGGUUUGAUGCCAGAGAGAUUGGCAUCCCUGCCUGCUUCACUCAGCUCUUCUUCAUCCAUACCUUGUCUCUGCUAGAGUCAUCUGUUCUGUUGUCCAUGUCCUUUGACCGCUAUGUGGCCAUUUGCAAUCCGCUGCGUUACUCCACGGUCCUGACGCCGGCACGUAUCGUCAAGCUGGGGCUGGGCUCGGUGCUUCGGAGUGCCCUCCUUAUCCUCCCCCUGCCGUUUCUCCUUAAGCGCUUCCAGUACUGCGGCUCCCACGUGCUGGCCCACGCCUACUGUCUGCACCUAGAGAUUAUGAAGCUGGCCUGCUCUAGCAUCAUAGUCAAUCACAUCUACGGGCUCUUUGUCGUGGCCUGCACAGUGGGCGUGGACUCCCUGCUCAUCUUCCUCUCGUACACCCUCAUCCUUCGCACUGUGCUGAGCAUCGCCUCCCGCCGAGAGCGACUCCGAGCCCUCAACACCUGCGUCUCCCAUAUCUGUGCUGUGCUGCUCUUCUACAUCCCCAUGAUUGGGUUGUCUCUUGUGCAUCGCUUUGGCGAGCAUCUGCCCCGCAUUGUGCACCUCCUCAUGUCUUAUGUGUAUCUGCUGGCACCUCCCCUCCUGAACCCCAUAGUCUACAGCAUCAAGACAAAGCAAAUUCGCCAACGCAUCAUUAAGAAGUUAGAGUUUGUAAAGUCAUUUAGGUGUUUUCGGCAGGAUUAAGUUAGAGGGAAAGGAAGAAAGUUUGCGCAUAAAACCCACACAUAUUUUUGGUUUCAACUAUGCUA